GUUUUUAGAUGGAAGUGAAGAAUCUCCUGGAUAGGCACAUGAAAAGCUUCCUUAGGUCUGCUAAAGUUUUGAUAGUGCUCCAAUUAAGCUUUAGAAAUAAACAAUUUAGCAUGUAUUCAGGCGUUGCCUCACUACUUUAGUUUAAAUUGGCAAUAUUAACUGGCUUACUGCGUUUCAGAUUGAAAGAGAGUGUCCUCUUCCCCUCCCUUCGAUGAAGCGCUGCGAUGCCCUCUGAUUUUAUAUCCCUUCUCAGCUCAGAUAUCGACCUUAAUUCUCCCAAAUCCCUUUACUCCAAAGAGUCCGUGUAUGACCUCCUGCCUAAAGAGCUCCAGCUGCAGCCAGACACGCCCACCAUGAGUCAGACGAGCGGCGGAGAGGCGGGGCCUGCGCCCUCAGCCGCUGUGGUCGCAGAUGCCUCCUCCUCCCUGGCCUCAGGAGGCCCUGGCUCCGGCCCCUCCUCCAGCUCCUCUACCUCAGGCCCAGAGCCCCCCCAGCACCAGGCAGAGGCCAGCACAGCCCCAGAGAGGCAGGUUGUGGAGGGGCCCUUGUCUGCUCUAGCAGGGGGCUGUGGGUCCAGCCCUGUGGGAGGAGGAGAGUCUGGACCGGGGGCAGUCGUCCAGCCCCAGACCACACCAUCUAAGCGGCGUCCGGUGCUGAGCAUCUCCCCCCCGCCGGAGGACCUGCUGGACAACAGCCAGAUGUCGUGUCAGGAGGCUGCACCCGCGGCCCUCCCCGGAGCAGACUCGGAGCACAGUAGCAGCAUCUGGGCCGACGACUCCGCCUCCAACUUCAGCCUGCUAAGCUCCUCCUCCUACAAUGACAACACAGAGGUGCCACGCAAGUCCCGCAAGCGCACACCGCGCCAGCGCCCAGGGCCACGCCGCCCCGCCGUCGAGGACAGCAUGGACGUGUUUGAUGCCGACAGCGCCAAGGGUCCGCACUUCGUGCUCUCGCAGCUGGGGUCAGAUAAGGGCGGCUCGAAGGCCAGCUCUGUGGAGGCGGGUAGCCUGCUGAAGGGCGGCCUGCUGUCAGCUCAGCACCCCCAGAGGCAUGAUGGGAAGGAGCUGAAGAUCCUGGUGCAGCCGGAGACACAGCACCGUGCCCGCUACCUGACGGAGGGCAGCCGUGGCUCUGUCAAAGACCGCACUCAGCAGGGCUUCCCCACCGUCAAGCUGGAGGGGGUGAGUGAGCCUGUGGUGCUGCAGGUGUUCGUGGCCAAUGACACAGGGCGAGUGCGCCCUCACGGCUUCUACCAGGCAUGUAGGGUGACGGGGCGCAAUACCACCGUCUGCCAGGAGGUGGAUGUGGAGGGCACCACUGUCAUCGAGGUGCCUCUGGAGCCCAGCGGUGACAUGACGCUGGCGGUGGACUGCGUGGGCAUCCUGAAGCUGCGCAACGCGGAUGUGGAAGCCCGCAUUGGCGUUGCCGGAUCCAAGAAGAAGAGCACUCGCGCCAGGCUGGCCUUCAGGGUCAACGUCCCCCAGCCCAACGACUCUGUGUUCACGCUCCAGACCACCUCCUCACCUAUCCUGUGCACCCAGCCUGCAGGGGUGCCAGAGAUCCUAAAGAAGAGUCUGCAUAGCUGCCCUGCAUCAGGAGGAGAAGAAGUGUUCAUCAUAGGGAAGAACUUCCUCAAAGGAACCAAAGUGGUGUUCCAAGAGACUCCUGCAGAUGACAACUCAUGGCAAGCUGAGGCAGAGAUCGAUAUGGAGCUGUUUCACCAGAAUCACGUGAUUGUAAAAGUGCCACCCUACCGUGACCGGUCCAUCACCUCACCCGUCUCUGCGCUGAUCUACAUAGUGACCAAUGCUGGCAGAUCACAUGACGCUCAGCCCUUCACCUACACACCUGAGCCUGUGAAGUGUUCCCUGGAGCUGCCUCUGAAGACGGAGGGGGCCUCCCUGCUCCAAACCUGCCUGUUUGAAGAAGAGAUCAAACAUCCAGUGGCUGAGCGCGCCUCCCCCACACAGCCCUCCAAACGGCAGGAUGUCACACCUAUGGAGGUCUCCAGUAACCCCACACCCACUGUUGGUUUCAAGAUAUCCCAGCCCUCCCCAGAUCCUCUGGCCUCGGUCCAACAAACUCUAACCCUGAGCUCCAGUACCCUCCCAGACACAGAGUCCUUCCCCGGCCCCAGGCCUCUGCAGCCAGGGGAUGCAGGCCUGGGGCUCCAGCAGGCUCCUGUCUUCCCUCCCCUGGAGCCUCUAAGCACCCUCCAGAAGCAGGACAUCCCCUCCACACCGUCCUUUCCUGUGUCAGGAGACACCAGCAUCCCCCCUGUACCCCCAGAGGUACCCCAGCAGUUCCUCCGAGAUCCCCAGGAAAGCUUCUCCCAGCAGGCGUCCAGCACUGGUCCCAGUGCAGGAGGGAUGGUGGUGGACAUGCCUCCCCAGCCGCAGCAGGUAUCCAUGUUCCCCCAGCUGGAGGUGAGCAGCAGCAGCCGGCUGGUCCAGCAGGUCCUGAGCUCGGUGCUGUUUAGCCCUACGGCCUCAUCUGAGGCCCUGCAGCUACAUGUGCAGGAGAACAUGAACAGCCUGCGUUUAGGGACCAACGACAGCCAGCUAGCCACACAGCAGCAGCUCCAACAGCAGCAGCAGCAGCAGCAACAGCAGCAACAGCAGCAACAGCAGCAACAACAGAUGCAUCAACAGCAACAGUUACAACAGCAAUUACAACAGCAACAGUUACAACAGCAACAGCAUCAACAACAGCAUCAACAACAGCGACAAUUACAACAACAUCAACAACAACAACAUCAACAACAACAACAUCAACAACAACAACAGUUACAACAACAACAGUUACAACAGCAUCAACAACAAUUGCAACAGCAACUACAACAGCAACAGAUCAUGGACAACCUCCAACAGCAUCAACAGAUACAGGAACAUCAGCAGCAACAACACUUGCAACAACAACACCUGCAGCAACAACAACAGAUCAUGGACAAUAUUCAACAGCAGCAACAAAUUGAGCAACAACAACAGCAGCACUUACAACAACAGCAGCAGCAAGUUCUUGGCAACAUACACCUGAGGCAGCAGCUCCUCAUGCAGCCUCAGGAGCAGCGACAUCUGAGGAUGAUGGAGAACCUUCAGCAGAACCAGGCACUGGGGAACCUUCAGCAGAACCAGGCACUGGGGAACCUUCAGCAGAACCAGACACUGGGGAACCUUCAGCAGAACCAGGCGCUGGGGAACCUUCAGCAGAACCAGGCGCUGGGGAACCUUCAGCAGAACCAGGCGCUGGGGAACCUUCAGCAGCACCUGCAGUCUGAGCUGCUCCACCCUGGAGCUCCUGCCCAGCCAUCUGGGGAGAUGCUCACCAUCCAGACCAGCUUCCCUCAACAGCCCCCCUCCCACACCUCGCCCCCCCAACAGCUGUUCCAGUCCCCGCGACACCAGUCAGAGACCCAAAGUCCUCCGCAGCAGAUGCAGAACACCCUCCUCCAGAACACGCUCACCGUUCUGACCGGCUCUGGGCUCGGCACCGAGCAGCAGCCCGCAGGCCCUACGCUGUUUCUGUCUCCAGGUGCUCUGUCUGCUAGCCUCACAACCCCGCAGGACAGCCAGCAGCCGCAGCUCUCCUUCCUCUCCUCCAUGGAGACAUCCGGUGGCACCCCCCAGCCCGUGUUCCAGGCCCAGCUGACCCUGGAGCAGCUCGGAACCCCUAUGGACCAGCAACAGUCCCUGGCUUCACCGAACCCCAUGUUCCAGAGUCUCCCCAGCACCUCCCAGAGGAGCACACUGUCUCAGACUCAGCAGGCUGGCCUGCUCCUCUGCACCGCAUCCCUUAACCCGGAGGCUCUCCUGUUCAGUGCCCAGAGUCAAGCCUGUGCCGCCCCCUGCCCCCAGGACCCCUCCCCUCUGCUAUUUUCCCAGACCAUGGUUGGGGCUCCCCAGCCAGACCCGGCCGAGCCUAUGUCCUUCCAGGAGCAGAGCUCCACAGAGGGCCACCCUGCCUCCAGAGAGGGUCCUCCACGGGUCCUGUUCCAAGAGCAGCAGCCCAUGCAAGUAGGGUCGAGUUCCAGCAGUGCCCCUGUCAGCCAGCAGGUGGAGCUGUUCCUGCCCCAGGCCUCUCUGUCUGGCCUGGCGGGCACCCUGGGAGGACCGGACGUGGGGGGCGCAGAUCCGGCUGCGACAGCCACGACCAUCUUUGUGGUGCAGGGCAGCAUGGUGGAGCUGCAGGUGGCCUCCAGCACUCCGGGCCAGCGCCCCCCAGAGCAGCUGUUCCAGACAGAGGGAGACAUGACCACGCAGGGACAACCCAACGUGUUUGUGUUUGGCAUACAGAAUGAUUCCUCCCAGCUGCUGAGCUCCCCUGGCCCCGCUGGCCAGCCCAUCCUGGCCCCCCCUCUGUCCCAGGCUGCUCCCAUGCAGACCAACCUCCAUAACACCAUGCACACGUCCAUGCUCACCAGCAUGGAAAGCAGCCUGCAGACCCUUCAGACAGCAAUGCAUACAAACUCACAGACCCCAAUGCAGACCAAUAUACAAGCAACUCUUGAAAGCAGUCGGUCCACUCCGAUGCAGACUAACCUGCAGAACCCGAUGCAGACGUCCAUGACGACCUGCCAGACCAUGGAGAAAAUACAAGACCUGCUAGAAAGCUUCCAGGACCAGUGAUCACCAUGGAGAUCAAGGAGUCGCUGAAGCAGGACAGGGACUAGCUUCCUGAGAUGAGAUAUAAUACACAAAGACAGAACAUACGAAGAAUCAAGUCCCUUGAACCACGAGAUGUCAACAGUUCAUAUUUAGACAAUGUUUGAAGGGAAACACAUUCAUAUUUUGGUGAGUUGAGCUCCUCUUUCAGGAGCUUCUCUUUGAUCUUAUCAGUGAUAACUGCUCUGCAUCCAUUAUCAUCUGGGUGGGUUUGACUCCAAACAGACUUCUGGGGCCCAAGAGGAGGAGGGGAUAUUUAGAAAAGGGAGUAGAAGGGAAGGAGCGAUGAAAUCAGGAGGGUGGGAGAAUGGGGACAUUGAGGGAGAAACCACAUACUUGGACAACAUUUAGCACUUACGAGAUGAGAUGAGAGAGUGGUGGAGGAAAGCUGAGGAGAUGGAGGUGGAGGGAGAGACGGGUAAUGUUCACUGCCAGAGGUAGAACCCUCUCUUCUAGAUAAAACACAGCUAGAGUCAGACAAGGAAGUAGGGAGUGUGUCGCCGUCCCAUUGGUGGUGUGUGUGUGACCUGUAACUUCUGCUUGCACCUAACCGUAAAAGUUUUCAGGAGAGAUUUCCAUGGUUACGCCCAUAAAGCGCUCUUUCUGUCUUGAAGAUGGGCAUGAUCUGUUCCAGUAGACGAGGAUGGGGCCCUGGUCCCACGUGAGGCGGAGAUCCGGGGAGGGUUUACAAACAUCGUAUCUUAAGCACUUUAUAAACUUGUCUUGUUUAACCAUCUUCUCCUGAUGUCCUUCUCCCUCGUCACCCAGCACAUCUGUACUUUUUAACGUCCCUUUUAACAACAUUGUUGUAAAGUUAUAUAUUUCCAACAUAUAACAUUUUUUAUGUCACUAUAUUUUUAAGUCAUCUUCCAGACAUUUUGUAAUGAUUGUUUGUGUUCACUGUUAAACACAUGUGCUUCACAUGCUCACAAAACAUCUAGAAAUAAUGAAUAGAUAGUGUGUGUUUGUGUUACAUGUUAUCUAUGGUGCUAUGUACAGGAGUGGUAUUUAUACUAACAGUUUAUAUCAAUUAGUAGUGGGCAUCAUCUUCAGGCGAGUACUGAGCUGUGUUGUUUUGGGAGGAGUAUUGAUGGAUGGGUUGAGGUACAGACAGUCAGUUUGGGCACCGGCGAUUGUAGAGUUGAGCUUAACAGUGACAGUUGACAGACAUACAGUCAGUCAGGGCUGUCAGUCAGUCAGGGCUGUCAGUCAGUCAGUCACACCAAAGUUUCUAUCUCACAUAGCUUCUGUUGUUUACUCAUAAUGCAGCUAUGUCAUGGAUAAUUGACAUUAUGUUUUUUGUAAGAAGUACAAAACUUUUAAGAACCAUGAAUGUCUGAGACAGAUGUAUUUUGUCAUGUCUUUUCAUCCAAUCAUUAUUUCCAAUAUUAUUUCGAUGUGAGAUGUUUUACUGGGGUGAUGCAUAGUGUUCUUGGGUACACAUGCAGCUGUGACAUCAUCACACACCAACGUCAUUCCAGACGUUAUGAUGACCAUGUCAUUUACAUUGUUUACAUCAUCAUAUUUACAUGUCCUGCAGGUGCAGGAACAAUCUGAUUUUGAAUUUUAUAUCCAUAAGUCAAAUAUUUUUAUAUGACUGAAAUAUGUGGCACAGUUAUUACUAUUCAUACCGGGGACAUGGGGACCAAAUAUGAUAGUGACUCGGAUCAUUCUGAUAUCUGUGGAAGGUUUUCCCAUCCCCAUAGUAACAUAGUGAUGUUUAGCCUGUGCUGUGUAUCUCUGGGAUCAAGGCUCUCAGGGUCUGCCCGUGCUUGCGUCCGUCCUUCUUUUAGUAAAGGAGCAGAAAACAAAGAAUUCAUAAUCCCCCCCCCCCCCCCCCCCACAAAA